AUGUGCUACCAAGUCAUUGAACGCUAUUCAGUCUGCCGAUGCUUGUACUACAAACACGCAAUUGAUCCAUGCGCCGCUCAUGGUCAACGGGGACAUGGUAUCCAAGAGAAGACGGUUCUUGUCGGCUACGCUUGCAGUACUCAUAGCAACCAUCGACCUCAAGCCUACCAUACAGGCGUCCUACCAGACUCCGGUUACGGAAGCGGUGGAUACUCU